UGGUAACCUAGCAGGGGAAAUAACCCUUAGAAUGUCAACAGCUUCGUUUCCAAGAAGCAGAACAGAACACGUUGGCUUUCUCCUUCGGACACGUCCCUCAAAACACCCACACCUUUGCUUCUAAACGUGGGCUGAAAUGAACUUGAGUGCCUUUCACAAACAGGCUUGUUUUCAUUUGCAGGUGGGGUGACCUGACCGGCCGCUGUUCCAAGAAGGUCCACCGUUUCAUCUCCAGCUGUUUACAUCUCCUUGAUAAUGGCAAUUUCUAUACUUUGUCAAGGACAGGCACCAAAAACAAUGCAGAAGGACAUGGACACAGCAUGAUCCUGGAAAGACGCUUAUGCGCUGCUUGUGAUAAGACUUAAAUGCACUAUCUGUAUGAUCCAGCUCUUUGAAGAAGUUGUCUCUCCUUGGCGGUGGCUCUCGUGGGUGUUUCGUCUGGAGAGAAGGGAAGACCUUGGCACAGCGGUGGCACGGCAAAGCUCUACAGCUCACCUUUCUGAUCUUGGGUUGCGCCGAAGACUUGAGAUGCUACAACAUAGAGAGGGAGUUUGAAGUACUUGGCAUCAGCUGAGGUCAUGGCUGACGGAGAACCGCCGAUGAACGCUCUCCAAGAAUGCAACCUUCCGGAUGAGAACUCGUCCCUCUCCGCCUGCCCCAAGGAGGCUUGGCUCGAGCCCGUCUUCACCUUGGCGGCCAGGACCCGGGUGGUGGUCACCAGCUGCUUCUUCGUGGUGGCGGCCUGCAGCAACUCGGUGGUCCUGUACAGCGUGACCCGGAAGAGGCGCAAGUCUCAUGUCCAGCUGCUUAUCCUCAGCUUGACCGCAGCUGACCUGCUGGUGACCACCAUCGUGAUGCCUCUGGACGCUGUGUGGAACAUCACCAUCCAGUGGUAUGCCGGAGACAGCCUCUGCAAGCUCCUCAACUUCCUCAAGCUCUUUGCCAUGUACUCGGCUGCCCUAGUACUGGUGGUUAUCAGCUUGGACAGACACGCGGCCGUCCUUCGCCCGUUCUCCUUUGCGAAUUCCAGUCGCCGCAAUCGGGUCAUGCUCUCUGUGGCCUGGGUGCUCAGCGUCUUGCUGGCCUCUCCUCAGCUCUUCCUUUUCCACCUCUAUACCGUCCCAGGGGUCAAUUUCACCCAAUGCGUAACGCAUGGAAGCUUCAAAGAGCGCUGGCAGGAGACCACCUACAACAUGUUCACAUUCACCACUCUCUACGUCACCCCACUGAGCGUGAUGGUCGUCUGCUACAUCCGCAUCUUGUUUGAGAUUAGCAAGCAGCUGAAAAUUAACCAAGGUCUAGCCAGAGGGAAGGAUGACCACAUCUCCAAGGCCCGCAUGAAGACCCUCACCAUGACCAUCCUGAUCGUGGCCUCGUUCAUCGUUUGCUGGACUCCGUACUACCUCCUGGGCUUGUGGUACUGGUUCCAGCCCGACAUGAUACGCCAAAUGCCAGAAUACGUCAGCCACUUCCUAUUCCUCUUUGGCCUUCUGCACACUUGCACCGACCCCAUCGUUUACGGGCUCUACACCCCGUCCUUCCGCGAGGACAUGAAGAUGUGCCUCAAGGGCCUGAAGCUCACCUUGACCCACCAAGAGAAAAGCCUGGCCGUUAUUACAGAACUCAAAAACAAAGAGGACCGCGAACAGAGCCGGCCCCGUUCAAGCGUUUCCAACGGCGGGACGAUGCAUACUGCUUUUUAAGAGUCAGGCGCUUGGAGAGCGAAAGUCCUCUGGACCCAUUCACUCAUGAAUGUUGAACUCUCCAACUGCGACUGGACAAGUGAGGAGCCAGAAACUAAAUAUAAGAACUGAUUGUGAAAAUGAGGGUAUCAAAGGAGCAGGCACAUGUGAAGUGGGGUGCACAAGGAAUGCUGUUAAUGGAUUUG